CUCACAACAUCCGUUGCCAUUGUGUGCAAAAAAGGAAGCCCUGCUUCGCCGAACUAUACCCCUUCAUACAAACACAUACCAUACACAACUGCUUUCCUUUUUUCCUGUUUAUCAACCCAUUCAUCUUUCCCUCUAAUCGACACAAUGUUACCGCCUCCCAAAGCAACCAUCUUGCUCUUGUUCGUGCAUGGAUUCAAGGGCCAUGACCUCCACACUUUUCUGGAUUUCCCAACAAGGAUCAUGACCAUCUUCACCAAUGCAAAAAUAAACCUCGAUGUUGAAUCCAUUAUCUAUCCUCAGUACGAUACUCGAGGAGACUUUUCGGUAGCCGUAAAGACAUUUGCAGAAUGGACUCGACAACAAGUCGAAGCCAGAGAAGUAUUCAACAUUCGUGCAUAUGGGCCACAAAAACAGCAAACGAAUCAAGGAGAACAGAUCGAAACCAAGACACAGAACGAAAAGAUACCCCCCGUCUAUGUAUGCUUUGUUGGCCAUUCGAUGGGUGGAUUAGUAGCUGCUGAUGCUGCAAUCCUCCUUGAAGAACAACUUCAAAAGUCACCUGUCAUUGGCAUAUUAGCGUUCGAUACACCCUAUUUCGGAUUGAAUCACACUGUCUUUACUCAUGCAGCAUAUGAGAGAGCAACAGGGAUGGCACAAAAGGCUAUAGGGGCCUAUAAUCUCAUGUCAGCAUACAUACCAGCGGCUACUACAUGGAACGCAUUGAAUCCGGCUACAAUAUCAGAUACUCAAACAAAGAAGGGGAUAAAGCAAAAGGGUGAACAGGAACCAGGUUCAGCUUCAAAUGGAUUCAGUGUUGGGUCAUUAUGGUCGAGUACAUCGGUCAAAUCAUCUCAAAAUGAAAAAAGAGUAAUAACGACCAGUUCAUCCUCCUCAUCAUCUGGAUCAAAGUGGAGCUGGGGAUCAGUCGCACUAGGCGUCGGUGCCGCCGUGUUAGCCACAGGGGCGGCUGUUACUGUUAAUAGUCAUGUGAAUAAGGGCAUGGAAUAUAUUACCUCACAUUUACAAUUCGUGGGCAUCCUCUGGAAUAGCACGCAGCUCACACGGAGAGUGGCAGAUGUUCUCAAAUUACCCAUUGGGUUCCACUGCUUCUAUACGCAGGUGCAAAUCCCAGCUAGCUCUGCAAAUAAUUGGAAAACAACAUCUAGGACAUUUGUGGAGUUGGCCUCUAUCCCGAGCGAUAUGCAAUCCAAAUUCUCUCCCCGUAUGUGUUCUGGCCAAGAUGAAAUCGAAGCCCAUAUGGAGAUGUUCAAUCCGAGCAAGAAUUUCGACUAUUAUCAGAUGGGCGAUGAGACUGUGAAGUGUAUCAAAACUAUGGUCGAGGACGCGCUUAUACGCGAAGCACAAUCGUAGAAUAUCGUGAAAUGAUAAAGACGUGUUCAAGGCUAUUAUCUAUAAAGAGGAAGGUUACCUAUCUUAAAAGUAAAUCGAAAAACGAAAAAAAGUUCCGAAGAUUUACUUUUGCAGACUUGAUAGAGUAAGAGGAAUGAGCCAGGAUGACAUGACGAGUUCCUUUCCGGGCUGAAAACAAUUAUUCAAAAGUGACAAUAAUUUUUUUUGUUUUUGUUCCCUGGAAAGUACGGCGCGUUGGUGAUAUGCCGGUGGACAUUAAUCCCAUACAAACAUAUUUUUCCGAUACCCACGUUCCUUGUGUACAAUAGACUUGGCACUAACCUUUACAAGAUAAGCAGCUUGUGUAGUUGAGAGAUAAAAGACAAAUAUAACCACUCAGGG